ACAGAUCCACGGACACCACUUGAAGUAAAAUCAGGAAAUAGACUGCUUUAUUUUAACACAGACACAAGAUAUAAACACAAGAUAUAAACAUUCAAGUGUACAACCCCCCUCCCUGCAUAUGAACACAGGGUGGGACAAACCAAAUCUAGUAACCAGAGACACAUCAGCAGACACCGCCCACCAAGCCAAUACACAAACACAUACAUCCCAUUAUAGUUUGCUCCCAAGCAAGACACACAAUAGAAUGAUGGGAUGCACCACAUGGCAGUAGACAAUAAACAACCCCCACACCCCACCUAUACAUGUCUACACAAUAUCAGGACAUUCCACCCUGUACCCCUAA